UACAUAAUCACUGCAUUUUUCUUUGCUCCCAUCCACAGGUUUUUCCGGGAUGCGUUUCGAUAGAACUCCUCUCUUGGGAGGGAGAAGAAAGAGGAAUGCAAACUCAGAUGAUAACUUGACAGAUCUUGAGCAUGGGGAUGCAAUACCGGCUGCAAAUGUGAGCUUCACCAGAGUACUUUCACUUGCAAAGCCUGAUGCAGGGAAACUCAUCUUAGCAACAAUUGCUCUCUUGAUUGCUUCCACUUCAAGCAUACUGAUUCCGAAGUUUGGAGGGAGGAUAAUCGAUAUUGUCUCGGGAGAUAUCAGAACACUGGAACAGAAAGCUGAAGCAUUAGAUGCAGUUAGGAGCACCGUACUAGAGAUUUUCCUGAUUGUUAUAAUCGGUUCGGUUUGCACAGCACUGCGAGCGUGGCUGUUUUCUUCUGCCAGUGAAAGGGUCGUUGCUCGAUUGAGAAAGAACUUGUUUAGUCAUCUUAUUCACCAGGAGAUAGCCUUCUUUGAUAUUACUCGGACUGGUGAACUUUUGAGCAGGCUAUCGGAAGAUACACAGAUCAUAAAGAAUGCUGCAACUACCAAUCUCUCCGAGGCCCUAAGAAACUUGUCGACUGCAUUCAUUGGCCUUGGUUUCAUGUUUGCAACAUCAUGGAAACUAACAUUGCUGGCUUUGGCUGUUGUUCCUGUAAUUUCUGUUGCUGUUCGUCAAUUCGGUCGCUUUGUUCGUGAACUUUCUCACAAGACACAAGCUGCAGCUGCAGCAGCCUCUUCAAUUGCUGAGGAAUCAUUCGGAGCAAUUCGAACAGUGAGAUCUUUUGCGCAAGAAGAGUAUGAGAUAUCUCGCUACUCUCAGAAAGUAGAAGAGACACUGGAUCUUGGACUUAAACAAGCAAAAGUGGUUGGCCUCUUCUUCGGAGGCCUAAAUGCUGCAUCGACGUUGUCAGUUAUCGUGGUAGUUAUAUACGGAGCUAAUUUGACAAUCACUGGUUCAAUGAGCCCCGGUGCUCUAACGUCCUUCAUUCUUUAUAGUCUCACAGUUGGAUCUUCCGUGUCCGGACUCUCAGGGUUAUACACUGUCGCAAUGAAAGCUGCAGGAGCCAGCAGGCGUGUCUUUCAGCUUCUGGAUCGAGCCUCAUCGAUGCCGAAAUCAGGAAAUAAGUGUCCGUUGGGUGAUCAAGAUGGGGAAGUUGAGUUGGAUGAUGUCUGGUUUGCCUAUCCGUCCCGUCCUAACCAUAUGGUACUCAAGGGAAUAACACUUAAACUGCAGCCAGGAUCAAAAGUGGCUCUUGUUGGCCCUAGUGGUGGAGGAAAAAGCACGAUAGCAAGCUUGAUCGAAAGGUUUUAUGAUCCGAUGAAGGGAAAGAUUCUAUUGAAUGGGGUUCCAUUGGUAGACAUAUCACAUGAAUAUCUUCACAGAAAGAUCAGCAUAGUAAGCCAGGAACCUGUUCUUUUCAACUGCUCGAUAGAGGAAAAUAUAGCUUACGGGUGUGAAGGCCAGGCCGAUAUUAAUGAUAUUGAAAACGCAGCAAAAAUGGCCAAUGCACAUGAAUUCAUAUCAAAAUUUCCGGACAAAUAUGAGACUCAUGUCGGAGAGCGUGGAGUACGGCUUUCGGGGGGACAGAAGCAGAGGGUAGCAAUAGCGAGAGCGUUGCUGAUGAAUCCGAAGAUUCUCCUACUGGAUGAAGCCACAAGUGCUCUGGAUGCUGAAAGCGAAUACCUUGUGCAGGAUGCCAUGGAUUCUCUGAUGAAAGGAAGAACCGUUUUAGUAAUAGCUCAUCGGCUAUCGACGGUCCAAAGUGCAGAUACUGUGGCAGUUAUUUCCGAUGGACAGAUUGUUGAAAGUGGCAACCAUGAAGAGCUUCUUGGCAGAGAUGGUGUUUACACUGCAUUGGUUCGAAGACAGUUACAAGCACCAAAAACAAACUUGUAGUAGAUAAAAUAUUCU